AUGACAACAGAAGAAGUGACAAAAAUAUUAACUGCCAGCACAGAAGUUAUGACAACAGAAGAAUUAACAGAGAUUGUUGGGUUUACAACACCAUUGGUGACUGGUACACCUGAAAAAGUGUCUGAAAUUAUUUCUCUUGUAACUACUGCUGCAACACCUUCGCUCAUGACAACACUUGUGGAGAAAACCGUUACAGCAGCAACACCUGCAACUGUUACAGAGGCCAUUAAAACUACGUUAAGGACAGUAAGCCCAACAGCUAUUAGCAGAGUUCUUGAAACACUAAUAUCAAGUGCUACACCAGAGAUAACUAGCAAACUAGUUGAAGUAACAACAGCUACUGUAACUCCUGAAAUCUUGACGAGUGUUAUUAUGCCUACUAUUAUGACUACAGAACUUGUUACGCAGGUGGUGGAGUUGACCACCGCAGCAGCCACACCAGAGGUAACAACAGAAUUAAUCAAAAUAACUUCAGAAGCAAUAAGUCCUGAAAUAUUACCAACAGCUGUGUCUGCAAUCACGACUGCUGUCCCACCUUCUGUAACAACAAAAAUUAUAGAAAUUACAUCUACAGCUGCAACUGUUAGUCCAGAGCUUGUUACCGCAAUCUCAGACAUCACCAGAGAGUAUGUUACUACUGAAAUGUUGACAGAAAUAGUUACUGCUGCUGCAACUACAACACCGGAGAUAAUGACUACUAUAUCAGAAGUUAUAACAAAUUUCACAUCUCCAGCUGAGUUGACUGAAAUUAUGACUGCCAUUACUAAGUAUUUCCCAACAGAAACGACUGCAGCCGUUGUAACAGGUAUCACCAUUUCACCUGUCACUUCUGUAACACCCACACAAAUUAUGACAACUAUAGCACAGACAAUGACACCUUAUGUUAUAACUGAGAUUGUUGAAACCUCUACAAUGACAGCCAGCCCGGAGGUACUAACAUCAAUUUUAACAGCCACUGCCAAAUCACUAACUCCUGAAUUAGUAUCAAUUGCUACGACGCAACCCGGAACUAGUGAGCUGGUCACAAGAAUUAUUGAGACAUCAUUGGCUGCAUCCUCACCAUUAACUGUGACAGAAGUGGUUGAAACAGCAAUUACAACUGCCCCACCUGAAGUUAUUUCAAAAACAGUCACUGAAGCCAUUAAAACUGCACCAACAGAGAUUUUAACUGAAAUUGUCACACUGACAAGUGAAAUCGCAACUACUGAAGAAUUGACAAAAUACAUUGAAACAACAGCGAUGACAGCAACGCCUGAAUACUUGACAUCGGUAUUAGAAACAACACUUCGAGUUACAGAGAAAUACAGAACAAUUGUGUCCACGGAAACGCCAUCGCUUAUUAAUGUCACAAUCACUUCACCCCCAAGUACACCAGGUGUAUCUGCACCAACAACAGUUGUAUGUCCUACAGGUACGCGUUACCGACUCAACGCAUACACAUGUGAUAGAUUAUGCCCAGCGUUGGUGAAAUCAAACCCACAAUGUGCAUAUGAUCGCAAUGUUAGUUUCAGCGCAUGCUUACCUGAAGAUAAGCUAAGAUCUGGAGAAGAUUUCUGUAGUGAUAUUGGAAAGCUAAUAAUGGUCAUGUCUACAAAUGAAAUUACAUGCAUACCAGAAAGUGAGUGUUUGUGUUUGAGGGAUGACACACAAGAGUUGGUCGCUCCGUUCUCAAAAUGGGAAAAGGAAGCUUGUGAGAUUUGUACUUGUGCAAAUGGGUUAAUAUACUGUACCACAAAAACAACAGAAGAGUGUUUGAUAACAUCCACUGCCAUGACACCUAUUACAGUUUCAGCACAACCCACUCUCAAUGUGACAUUAUUUACAAUUCAACCGGAAGUAGCGGCAUGUUCGGCAGUCACGAAUGUUACACUUUGUCCCGAUAACUGCCCUACUGGUCAAUUAUGUGAUGGUAGGUCCUGUGUGGAUUCGGUAGAUUGUCCAUGCGUCUACGAAGGUCGCAUAUACAACACUGGACUUUUCGUCAAUGAGAGAUGUGAACAUUGUAACUGUUUUGAUGGCAAUGUCAUAAGUUGCUCACCAUACUGUGAUAUUGACCCAUGUGAGGCUGGACAAGAGAGGAUCCAUCCAGAUGGAGAGUGUUGCCGAUGUCAACCAUGUCAAUGCGAUACUGGCUUCUUUCAUUGUACAUCUAGUACUUCACCAACCUGCCAAGAUCAGUGUAUCUUGGAAUCGCAGAAGUGUGAUGGUAAUCUUGAUUGUCCUGGUGGGGAAGACGAAGAGUCCUGUGUUAUACCAACAACUUUACCAACAAUAGAAACUACAGCGCCACCAAUUGGAUGCAGACCCGAUGGACACUUCUAUGCAGUUGGUGAAUCGUUCUAUGAUGGUUGUAAAAAAUGUGAAUGUAUAAACGACAACGCUAUUUAUUGUGAUGCAUCAGGAUGUGAAAAAACGUGUACAGUCAUUGAAAACCAAAUCAACACAUUUGAUGACAAAAAAUAUGAGUAUCCCAUAUGUGAACACGUGUUAGUGACCAACACAAACAGUGAUGUACCUGACUUUAGCCUCAAAGUUAGCAGUAGUUGUCAAGAUGAUGGUCACACUGGCAGUGUUUGUACGCAAGAUUUAGUUUUUCUUAUACAAGAAACGACAAUUGUACUGAGUGGUGAAGUUUUUAUUAUAAAUGGAAAUGAAGUGACGAUUGCUCAGCUGUCAGCAGCCAGCAAGCUUCUUGAAUCUGGAAUAGGUAUCACGCUUAUAAGAGUCGGGGAAGAAUCCAUCAUUAGAACUACAUUCGGCUUAACUAUUCGAUGGAGUUCGUCAUCGUACAAGACCGUGAUCUCGAUUGAUGAACAAUUUUUUGAUGCAGUAGCUGGUCUUUGUGGUGUUCCUAAUAACGACCCAUUAGAUGAUUACACUAAUCGAGAUGGUCAAGUAUCUGAUGAUGUAUUUGAAUUUGCCGAAAGCUGGGGAUCACAGGACACAUGUCCACCACCUGAAGAAUGCAUGAAUUUAGCCCCUCCCCAUGUUGUAGCCACGGCAAGGGAAAAAUGUUCAAUCUUGAGCUCCAGUAGUUUUGCCCCUUGUCACGAACAUGUGAAUGUCACAGAAUAUAUCCAGCUAUGUGAGAGUCGUAUCUGCAAAUCCUUGUGGAACAAUACAGACACAGAAGUCGAUACCUGCUUAUGCAAGGCAUUAACUAUGUAUGCCACUGACUGUGCUAACAGUGAAGCCCAUAUCAUACUGGACUGGAGGACACCCGAAUUAUGUCCUGUGGUAUGCCAUCACCCAAUGCAAUGGUACGAAUGUAUGAGUACAUGUGAAUGGACAUGUAGUAGUAUUGGCAAGCCUUAUCAAUUAUGUGAUACAGGCUGUACACCUGGUUGUGGAUGCCCACCAGGACUAGUCAGAAAGGGUGACACAUGUGUCCGGUUUGAUGAAUGUAAAGAAUGUUAUUGUAUGGGGUAUGGUGGUAUUCAUUAUUAUAGCUUUGAUGGAACUUACUUCCCGUUCGAAGGAAAUUGCACGUAUGUGUUGUCACGUAAUAAGGAGCCAGAUUCAGAGUUUGAAAUCCUGCUUGGAAAUGCUCAAUGCUCACGAAGACCUCAAAACAUGUGUUUCAUGAAUGUGACUGUUAUCUAUAAGAACCACGAGGUCAUUCUUUCGCAGGGUCCACAGGUUAUUUUAGAUGGACAAGAGAUUGAAAUACCUUCUUAUAUGGAAGUGGACGGCAUUCAGGUAUCACGUCCUGGAGGCGCUUGGAUUCUCUAUCUUAAUAUUCCAGAAAUAAAAGUAGAGGUCAGUUUCUAUGACUACAACGAUGGCUUCAGCAUUAUGCUUCCUGGUACAAAGUACAAUGACACAGAAGGUCUCUGUGGUCCAUGCAAUCAAUUCCCGGAAGAUGACUUUACCAUGCCAGAUGGAACCUUGACUGAAGACGAGUAUGAGUUUGCCGCUAGUUGGUUAUACAAUGUUGGCAACGAUACCACAUGCGAUGUCUCAAGUGUACCGCCAAGAUACCCUAUCACUCCAGAAGUCGAUGACGAGUGCAAGAAGGCCAUUUAUGAAGGUGUUUUCAGCGCAUGCAACGUGCUGGUUGAUCCAGCUAAGUACUACAGAGCGUGUUUAAUGGAUAGGACUUGUAAAACAGGACAAUGCGACACCCUCUUUGCGUAUGCCAGCGAAUGUUCGAAAGAAGGCAUGUGUCUCGAUUGGAGGGACGAGCACAAUUGUCCUGUCACGUGCCCCGGAGAUCAGAUUUACUACGCAUGUCAUUUGCCAUGUCGUAUGACAUGUGCCAAUAUGAACGUAUUUAACGAAGAGACGAACUGUGUUGGUCAACGCUUAGAAGGUUGUUUCUGUCCUAAUGGCACUAUAGAAGAUGAAUUUGGUAACUGUGUACCAACAUGUGAACGAUGCAUCGAAGAAGAUGGAACCAGACGUGUGAUAAAUGAGACAUGGUCGCCAAGUGAUUGCGAAACCUGUAAAUGCACAGAUGGUGGGUUGAUUCAAUGUAUAAGAAUGGAAUGUCCAGCGCCACCAAUCUGCGCUGAUUAUAAGAAUCUGAAUUUCACGAGACACGCCGGCGUAUGCUGCUCUACGUACGAGUGUGUGUGCGAGCAAUCUCUUUGUCCAGCCGAAUCCCAUGCUGUAUCACCUAUCUGUAAAACAGACCAAGAAAUUAAAACAGUAACUAUUAAUGAGUGUUGCAGCAAGGAGGAAUGUGCCUGCAAACCAUGCCCAACGCCUAUAAUACCACAAUGUGAGCCAUAUGAGAUGGUAGAACAAUACAAAGAAAACGCUGAUGAUUGUUGUGAAAGUUUUCGUUGUGUGUGCAACCGAGCCAAUUGUCCGGCAGAUGAAUUGGAGUGUCUUCCAUAUCAUAGAAAACAACAAACUCCAGAAUCACUAGGUGCAUGCUGUGCUGAAUACGAGUGUGUGUGCAGUUGUCCAACACCUAAGAUGCUCAACUGUUCUCUUGGUUAUGAAAAUCAACUAGCUGAAGUUGAUGUCAGAUGUGACUGUGAUGAUUAUAAAUGUCUUGCAAAGGAGGUAUGUCUAUGGAAUAAUACUGUGGAGGUACUUGAAGUCCAGCCUGGUACGAGGGACUUGGUUGGGAUAGAUCCAUGUCGAACAUGUGACUGCUUAGAAAGUAUGGAACCCGGAAGUGAUUUCUAUAAAUUGGACUGUGAAAUAAUCCAGUGCUCAAUUAUGAGUGACCUUGACUGUAAUAUGGACUCUGAAUACAUUGCACCUGAAGAAGGAGUUUGCUGUGGCACAUGUAAGGUCAGAUGGUGUGUUGAUGACACUGGUAGACAUGAGAUUAAUGAUACCUGGACAGAUCUCGAACCAAAUAAUCCAUGCGAUUAUAAACAGUGUCUAGAGGAUGAUGAUGGUACACCAAAACUCGACUCAUAUUAUGUCUCCUGUCCACCUAUAACUCCAGAAGACUGUCCUGCACCGAAAUAUUAA